UGUGAUGCAUAGGUUGUUAGUGAUGCAACGGUUUGAGCUUUGUUUGUGAAAUAUCCUGUUAAUGACAUUUACUUUGAGCCGGAAGUAUUCCUUUUAUUGCUCGUCGGAAGCCGAAAGUAAAAGGGUUGUAGAUGACUCAGUCAGUCUGAGGAGUGGCUACACCACCGUUUAUAGAGAUCUAGGUGUUAGUUAGUUUUCCUUUACAGCAGCCAUGGAGCUUCUUGUUCUUUUGUCUCUUUGCUUGCUGACUUUUAUUGGAAAAACGUUUGGUGAUGAUUCUAUCAAGAUUACCAUCAAAGAAGAUGAGGAUAUCAUCCUAAAUUGUUCUUUCGGGACAGACAUUACAGGUCAUCGCAUUGAGUGGAAAAAAUAUGAUAAGGAUGUUUUUCAUUUUGAUUUCGGAAAGGAGGAUCUUACAGUUCAGGAUCCGUUUAAAGACCGGGUCGCUCGUUUUUCAGAGGAUCUAAAGUCUGGAGAUGUUUCUGUAAAAAUCCAGGGAGCAAAAGUUUCAGACAGUGGGAAUUACACCUGCUUGCAUAACCAAGCUGGACAAGCUCCAGUGGACCAGCGGCUUAUUGAGCUUACUGUUGAAUGCAUCUUAAAGGACAGAACCAAGGAUCCAGAAAGAAAACAAGUUGCCUGUCGAAAGCCAAAUAUUAGGACUGCUAAGGUGAAAGAUGGGGUGCAGGUGACCUGUACAGCUCGUGGUGUUUCUCUAAAAUCAAAAAUGGAGUUGAAGAACAGGACUGGUGACACUGUUUAUGCUAAAGAUCCAACUGACGAUGACAUCACUCUUCUUACUGUUGUGACAAAAGAAGACCACUACUAUUGUGUGUUGACACAAGAAGAAAUCUGCCAUCAAGCUAAGACAGAAGAGGUUCAUGUGUCUUCUGGUGCCAGCCAGCCUGUGAAAUGUGUGGCUUCUGAGGCUAUGGGGCCUCCACGGAAGAGGAGCAAGAGGAGCCCCAGGGUUCCAGAUGGCAUAUCUGGGCAGGUGACCCAGCUCGCUUCUGAGCUGGAGGGGAUGAAAGCGUCGCUUGAGUCCCUUAGGGGUGAGCGUAGCACUAGCAUGUCUGGAGACCCUGACCAAGGACAGAGCAUUGGUUUGGGAGUCUCUGCUUUAGAUGAUGAUGCCAUUUCCCUGGCGGCGUCUGGCACUGAUUUUCGGGAUCAUUUUGACUCCGGCUCACUCCUCUCAGAAGCCGGCUCGCAUAUCUCUUCUUGCUCUCAGUCAGAGGAGGAUGGUUCUGUAGUGGGCGCUCUGAGGACUGCCCUCGCCCGGUUGCAUCUGGAUGCUCCACAGGACCAACCUUGCCUGUUGGAAAGACACUAA